UGAGUCGACACCAACAUUAUCAACUACUGCUGAUACUAUCGCUACUCCUACAAUGAUAUCACCUGAUACAGAAGCAGAUGAACUAAUAACUUUUGAUUUUUCCAGUUUGGAAAAACAAUUAAAUAUUGAACAUGAUGAUGAUGAACAUUGGUUUGUUGAUGGAAUAAAUGUAUCAAGAAGGUUUGUUGAAUAUCAAAAAAGCACUUUAUAUGACAUGAAAAAUGGUAUUAAAAAACUUACCUGGAACAAUGUUUUUGAAGUACUUGCCAUGAACUCUAUAAUGGUCAUGGACUGGCCAUGUCCUUAUCACAAUUUUACUCUUGAUGAAUGGAUAUCUAUUACUAACACAAACACAUUCAAAAUUAACGAUCCCAUUAUCAGCACAGAACUCACCACAAAGUUAUAUGAUGUGUGUGGCAAAAAUUCAUUAGGAAUGAAUAUAGAUCUUGUACUUAACAAUGCUGAUAAACAUGAUAGAUUGGCUAAAAAAAUUUUCGAUAAUUUAAUUGAUGAUAUCCAGUUUGUAGCACCUUAUCAUACAUCUGAAGAUGAACACCGAUUCAAUUACAUGAAUCCAUUCCUAAAACCUAUUUUUAGCACACCAUACAAAAACUAUCAAAUAAGGUUAAAUAGGACAGUCAAUGGAAGCAAUAAACGACCAGACUUUGCAUGUAUAAUAGAUAAUAUACCAAUACUCAAUUCAGAAGUGAAACCAAUCGGUUACACUAAACUACAAAAAAACAAAGAUUAUAUUAAAGCAGUAUUGAGAUCAAAAAAAUCAAUAAAUACCAUGAUAGAUAGAAAAGAUGGUCCAGAAGAAGCUGUGCACUUUAUUAACAUGGGAAGCAUGAUUGAGUCUUUUGUCACUGAUCUCAAAUACAAUGGAAUAUACUGCAUGUGGCCAUUUUUGAAGAGUAGUCUUGUUAGAGACAGAAUAACAUUGCCACUUUUUGUCUCAACAUUUUCACAUUUUAUAGCAUUGGAGAAGCAUGUUAAUUUGUUAGUUGAAGAUUUUAGAAGGAGGCCUUCAUGUUUCACUCCUCAAAGAAAAAAACAUAAAAGAGAAUCUCCUGAAUCUCCUGAAUUAAAACUUUUAUUGG